AUGGCGAUGAUUGCAAAGAACAACGCGUUUGGUACUGGAGCACCCAGUUGGGACCUUUCGUUCCCAGCUGGUGCACUUACCGCGGCUGAGAUCACUGCGUAUUGUCCGCAUUGGUUGAAGUCUAUCGAUAUCAUCAACAGGUUCUUAUGUCAUGGAGCCCGUACCAUUCACAUAGCAGCUUUGCUGAAUGAGUUCCGGAACUUUCCUGACGAUAGAGUAUUCAACACCAACUCAACCUUGGUGAUGAUGUCGUACGCCAUGCGGAAGGCAGGUUUCGACGGGUGGACUGUGACGAAGCACUUUGACUUCACACGCGACCACUUCCUCCCAGAGAGCGGUCUCAACGUCACGAACUUCCGAACUCCUUGCAUGACUCAGCCCAGGAAUGCUACUUCACAGGGAUCAAACCAUUCCAUCAAUCAAGGUGUGCGCCCGGUAGCAUUCAAGGACUUGGCCAAACAUGUCAAGAAGCACCCAUCCGGAGACGACGCGCUCGAUCUUGCACGAUGCGUGCAAUACGCAGUUGAGCACCUAGACGAGGUGUGGCUGUUCCCAAUAGACUUCCAACGCCUCACUGCACACCUUGGUGGGCCAGCAACUAUCACGCCCGCCCAUCUCGACGAGCAGGUGUUCGCUCGUCGCGACGACAUCAAAUUUCCUGCCACAAAGCGCAAGAGGUCCGCUGCCAUCAAACCGACCUCCAACAACAAGCAGCCAAGCAGCAAACCACCUACCAAAAUGCGUAAGUUUAUCAACGUAUUGUCGACGUCAGGCCCAUCGCAGCCACGAAAGCGAGGAAACGACCACCUUUCCAAGGACACCAACUCUGCUGACGGGUAUGAGGAUGGUCACGAAGAGAAUGAACCGUUCGGACAGCUUGCCAAGAAGCGCAAGCUCCCCCGUGGACGCUCAAUGUUCAACUCAUACGUCAACGACGAUGAGUUUCUCCCCGAUGAGGCUGGUACAAAUGGCAAUAUCCCGACGAGAGACUUCAGCGCACCUGAGCAGGACGAGCUGCCUCAGAGUGAGGUCGAUAGGAGCAUCACUCUACGCAAGGCUCGUGAGGGAAAGCGGGCAGCUGUCGAACCCGACACUGCUGCUCCUCAGCCCGAUGUCGAGCCCAAUCUUGGAUCUCCCCAUCUUUUUGAGCAAUAUAUACAGCAAUACACAGAAUCAGACGUACAACUCAACACUGCCACAACCGCUGUCGCCGAUACUGCCGCCACCGACUCCACCAUCGCGAACACCCUCCCCGCCCUCCUCACGCCUCCCAUUCAGCCCGCCAACCACCUCCAGAUAACCGAACAAAACCUUCAUAACUACGCCCGCCGCCCUUUCAUUAACAUAAGUGACAUGUGGAAUACCGCCUUGGACUAUAUGCGCUUCGACGGUCCCCGCCAGUCCGCUCCCUAUCGUGAAUUGCACACCUUGGGCGAACUCAACAAAAACGACAUUAGCGACUGGGCCGAAAACAUCCGCUUUGCCCGAGAGCAAUGGGUUCAGUUCGGAACUAUCUGGACGGAAUUCGAAGGCCACCUGGAGAAGAUCAGGAAGGCCAGGUUGGAUUGGGGCUGGAAGAGCCCGGAGGCCAUUCGCGUGGAUGCGAACAAGGCCUCUCAGGCCGCGUGA